AAAAUUGGAAACUGAAAAUGUCCGUUAACAGUUCAAAACAAUAUUUUUUUCCGGCGCUUUUGAAAACCAUUGGGAAUAUUAAAUUUUGACCUCCCGAAUGCACUAUAGAUUCACUUUCCCAUCGAACAAGAUACCUACUAUGAAGAAAAUCGAAGCAAUUUCCUGCCCAAUUUUGUUUUUGAUGUUCAAUACAUUUUGAAUAUAAUAUGAUGAUAAAAAUGUGAAUUUUGAUAUUACUUUUUAUUUCACAGAGAACUUUUAACAAUUGGUAUCGAUAAUUUUAAUUGAUUUCGAAAUUGAUAGUAAGACCAGAUUUUAGUCUUAAGUCGUCUUCCUAGUGCCGAACUUAGUAAUGCAAAAUACAAAGCAAAUUCCGGAAACCAGUAAAUGUGCAACAAAAAUAUACGAAUGUAAAAAAUUGUCGAAUGCGAAAAUAUUGAAAGUAUUAGAAUCCUUACGCAAAGAUGAGGAGUUUGAUAUUGAACUAAAAACAGAUGAUGGUAGAGUUAUUUUCGCCCAUAAAGUGGUUUUAUCAUCGGCUAGUCCAUAUUUCCACGCAAUGUUCACAAAUUUUUCAGAAAAGAAUCAAGAUUUUGUUGUUAUCAGAAACAUAGAUUAUCUAGCCUUACAGCUCUUAGUUGACUUUAUUUAUUUUGGGAAAAUAAUGGUCACUGAAAAAAAUGUACAGGUUUUGUUACCAGCAGCGAAUUUCUUGCAGUUAAUAGAAGUAAAAGAUACGUGUUGUGAUUUUUUAGAGGAACAACUGCGCAUUACAAAUUGUAUUGGUACAUAUGUGUUAGCUGAUUUACAUAGCUGUAAUAAAUUGUUAACAAUAUCAGAAUCAUAUAUUCAACAACACUUUUCAGACGUGGUAGAUGCAGACCAAUUCCUAUCCUUAUCCCCCGAACAUGUAGCCAAUUUGAUCUCCAGUGAUGAACUUAUAGUUCUAUCUGAAAACAUAGUAUUUGAAUGUGUUAUUCGAUGGGUAAAACAUGAUUUGGUUUCCAGAAAAAGUAUUUUACCCCAUUUAUUGGAAUAUGUACGUUUACCAUUAACAUCAUUAAAUUACAUAAUGAAAAAUGCGGUGGAGGAGCCUCUUCUUAAAAAUUGUCCUAAUUGUAAGAAUUACGUAAAUGAGGCAUUAUAUUUUCAUUCACUUAAGCCGGAUGACCCUAUUCCACAAAACAUCCGGACCAAACCUAGACUGGGCGAUAAAGUUAUUUUUGUGGUUGGUGCACUUGGGAUCUUAGAAGGACAUGUUAUUACAGAAUGGUACGACCCAAAAAUCAACCGAUGGCAGUCUUUUACAACAAUUAUGACACCACAUUUUCUUGGUAGUCUAGCUGUAGUAAAAGACAAUUUUGUGUUUGCUGUGGGUCGUAUUGGUUAUAGUCUUGAUUUACCUUGUCAAUCUGUUAAUGUGCUAGAUGUAUCUUCAGAAUCACCUCAUUGGAAACCAACCACUAACAUGUUAGUCAAACGCCGAAAUUUAGGAGUUGGUGUGAUAAAUGAUUAUAUAUAUGCCGUUGGUGGUUUUGAUGGAAACAGUUCUGUAAAUAGUGCAGAAGCUUUUGACUGCAGAACUCAAACAUGGCGUAUGAUAUCUAGUAUGUGUACUAGAAGAGAUAGUGUUGUGCUUGGAGUACUGAAUAAUCUUUUAUAUGCGGUUGGAGGUCAAAUAAUUCAAUAUAAAGAUCAAUAUAAUUCGUCAAUUCAGUAUUUGAAGUCGGUUGAAUGUUACUAUCCCAGUAUCGAUACAUGGAAACCAGUCGCAGAAAUGUGUGUACCACGCAUUGCUGCUGGUGUAGGAGUCUUAGAUGGUAUACUGUAUGUUGUAGGCGGUUAUGAUGGAACAAAUACUCACAGGAGUGCUGAAGCAUACCAACCAAGUACUGGAGUUUGGACUACUAUUCCGGACAUGCAUUUUUGUCGAUAUUAUCCAGUUGCAGGAGUAACUGUAUUAAAUGGAUUAUUGUAUGUGGUCGGUGGUUGCGACAAAAAUACUCCUUCUUUGGAUUCUGCAGAAUUUUACAACCCCAACACGAAUACCUGGACUAUGGUCACAGCGUUAUUAAAUGUUUCACGAACUUUUUUCGGAGCAGUAGCUAUUGAUAGAUCACGAUAUUUUAAAACUAAGCAUUCAUGAUUAUUUUUGAUUGAAUUUAUAUGAAUAUUGUCUUGUACCUAUUGUAAGAGUAUAUUAUAUUAUUUGUUUUCCUAUUAAAUCAUAAUUGUACAGUUUUCGGUUGAUUCUUUAAAAUGUUUUCACUUCAUCAAUAUUACGAAAAUGUGCUGAGAAUUUUUUAAUAAAAAUAUUUAAAAUAUUUAA